AGAGCCGUUACGCACCCACCCACCCGCCCGCGCGCCCGCCUUCCUAUUGGGCGCGGCCGCCGUCCGUCCCCGCUGGUGCCCGCAGGAAGGUUCGGUUGACCGCGUGUUGUGAGGCGAGCUGGGAAGUUGGGUUGGCGUCGCGGGGCUGGGUCGCCGUCGCUGAGGGGGCGGCGGAGUAACAGCAGUAGCCGCCGUUGCGGCCGGGCGGCCGGGAACACGAAGCCACCGCCGCCGCCGCCGCCACCUGAGCAGGCCGAGCCUCCCUUCCCUUCCUCAUCCGUCGCCUCUUCCUCCUCGUCCGCCGCCGCCUCUUGUGGCGGCGGCUGCGGCGGCUCCGCCCGCGCCGGUGGCAGCAGCAGCAGCAGCCGCAGCAGCCAUGACGCUGGAGUCCAUGAUGGCCUGUUGCCUCAGCGACGAGGUGAAAGAGUCGAAGCGCAUCAACGCCGAGAUCGAGAAGCAGCUGCGGAGGGACAAGCGCGACGCCCGCCGGGAGCUCAAGCUGCUCCUGCUCGGCACAGGAGAGAGUGGGAAAAGUACCUUCAUUAAACAGAUGCGGAUAAUCCAUGGCUCGGGCUACUCCGAAGAGGAUAAAAAGGGUUUCACCAAACUGGUGUACCAGAAUAUCUUCACUGCCAUGCAGUCAAUGAUCAGGGCUAUGGAGACCUUAAAGAUCCUAUACAAAUAUGAGCAAAAUAAGGCCAAUGCACUACUGAUCCGAGAAGUGGAUGUAGAAAAGGUUUCAUCCUUUGAACAACCCUAUGUAAGUGCAAUUAAGACAUUGUGGAAUGACCCAGGAAUCCAAGAAUGUUAUGACCGGCGGCGAGAAUACCAACUCUCUGACUCCGCUAAAUACUACCUUACCGAUGUGGAUCGUAUUGCCACCCCAGGGUACCUCCCAACCCAACAAGACGUCCUGCGGGUCAGAGUCCCAACAACUGGGAUCAUAGAAUACCCCUUUGAUCUCGAGAACAUUAUAUUCAGAAUGGUGGAUGUUGGUGGGCAAAGGUCAGAAAGGAGGAAGUGGAUACACUGCUUUGAAAAUGUAACUUCCAUCAUGUUCUUAGUAGCUCUUAGUGAAUACGACCAAGUACUGGUGGAGUCUGAUAAUGAGAACCGCAUGGAGGAGAGCAAAGCCCUUUUCCGGACCAUAAUUACCUAUCCCUGGUUCCAGAAUUCCUCCGUCAUCCUCUUUCUUAAUAAGAAAGAUCUCUUGGAAGACAAGAUCAUGUACUCUCACCUUGUGGAUUACUUUCCAGAGUUCGAUGGCCCGCAGAGAGACGCUCAAGCAGCCCGGGAAUUUAUCCUCAAAAUGUUUGUGGAUCUCAACCCCGACAGCGAUAAGAUUAUCUACUCUCACUUCACCUGUGCCACAGAUACGGAAAAUAUCCGGUUUGUCUUUGCUGCCGUCAAGGACACCAUCCUGCAACUCAACUUGAAGGAAUAUAACCUAGUCUGACCUUGAAUGAAUCUAUCCUCUUCUCCCACCCACCCAAUCCGCCCCCCCUCCCUUUAAUCUCCUUGGGAGACCUUUUGUCGUGAAGAAAAGUAAGACAAACGAAUCCCACGAAUUUAAACCAACAGGAAAACAAUCUUGAUUUUUAAUGAUGUCAUGAUUGCAAAUUGUCUGAUCUGUGGAGUGGCAAUGGUUUUUUUUUCCUUUUUCUUUUUUCCUUUUUUUUUAAGCACACCAUUACCUUCGGUUUCGUGUCUGCCCCACAGAAUAGCUGAUUUCCCCCACCUUUUUUUUUAAAUAGCUUUUAUUUCACAGUUUAAAAACUGUGGGGGACAUGCUCCACUCUUUUUCUCUCUCUGGCACCUUGUUAAUUUCCUGCUUUGUUGCCAGCAGUCCAGGCGGUUUCCUUUCAGACUUUGUACGUUGCAUUAGUAAAUUCUUUUUUUUUUUUUUUCCUGUCUGAUCUGGCGAUAAACGUGUCCCAGACCAUCAAGCCAAACUAAGGAGCUUUAUAUUCGGCUGUGGGAGUAUAAGAUGCAGCUUGGACCUUCAGCUUGUGCCAUAUAAUGCCUCUGGUGUGAGUCCUCCCUCCCUCUCCUCCCCGUACAUCUUGACUGUAAGGAUAUGUCCCGAAAUGGGUUUACCCUAGAUGACAUCGUAAAGAGGAAAACCCAGUUUAUUUUGCCCACAGCGCGAAACAAGCCGUCCUUUGGUUCCCGCUUUCCUUUGUUGCUUUUUACUCUCGCUUUCGUUUUCUUCCCUCCACCAAUUACGGGAGUUCUAUUGACUGUGAUUAUUAUUGUUUUUUAAAUUAUUGUUUUACACCUAGUUUGCUACAUGUGCUAUACUUUUGUUUCUUGACUACCAACCAAGCAAUAGCUAUCAAGCCUGAGGGAAGUGCCUGAUUGCGGGUUUUUUGUUUUGUUUUGUUUUGUUACCUUUUUUGUUUUCUAAUUUAGCGUUUAAGGAAAAAAAAAGAAAGAAAGAAAGAAAGAGAAAGAAAGAAAGAAGAAAGUUAAACUUGCUUCUCACCCAACGUGAGAAAAUCCCUUUGGUGGAAAUCCGAAAUCUGCACCAGAUUUUGGGCCGGAAGGAAGAUUUGAGGUUUUGACUCAUUCACUUGGAUCUUGUGUGUGUGUGUGUGUGUGUGUGUAUGUGUGUGUGUUUUGCAAAUUAACCCUUUCGGGUCAGGGGAAAAUCCUGACCCCAUGUUUGGGUGGGUUGGGUUGGGGUUAAGAUGGUGUCUGCAUUCUGAGUCAAAUUGAAGCAACCUUUGGCCUUGUUGGUCCUAAAAAGUAUUGGGAAGGUCUGUUAGCUCUUGGCAUGGUUGCAGCCAAAUCAGAGAGGGCCUUUGAAUGACGUUGCCAAGGCUGGUGUGAUUGGCAGCUGCUGCCGCCAUCCAUCCUCCCAUCUCUUGACCCGUUCUCUCGGAAGCCAGCUCACUCUGGGGGUGCCCAUUGAGCGUGCAUGAAAGAAGCCCAGCACAAGGGAUCUGUGGAAUGGAGGUGGUUUACAGGUGUAAGCUUUGAAGUGGACCAGGUGAGAGAGAGGUCCCUUUCCGGAGACCGAGUGCCAAAUGUGUGCCCUGCUCAAAGUCAGUGCCAAACCCCAAACUUUUGCCAGUCUUUUUGGAAGGCAGAUUGCCACAGGACCCAGCUAGGGAUUCUAGUGAAAUGAAACAGUCUCUCUCCGCUUCCUCCGGAGACCCUGGGUAGCAGUAACACAGUAUGUGUCUCGCAACUGCCAACCGUCACAUUUACAAAUGCCACAAGAAACAGCCUUUUUCACGAACAGGACAAUGGGCCGAUCCCCGUAACGUGGGUGGGGGAGGGUGGGUGGAAAAGGAUGGCAGUGUCCAAUGUGCUUUUUUUUAAAAACGCUUUUUGUCAUGUUGCAACGGGCAACACUAGUGGACUUCCUCGCACGAGAUGUUAAUGAAGGGUUGGGGGGGGGGACGUGUUUUGCUUCGACACAACAACACUAAUUUAGCAUGAACAUUUGCAGCAUUCCAGCGGGGUGGGAGGGGGCGGGAGAGGGUGUUGCCUUUGGCUUUCUGGGACCGCCCCUUUUUUGUGGAACACUACAGAAAGAAGCCAUGGUGCAGGGAGAGCUGCAUUUUUGGGGGGGGGGCGUGAGGAGUCCCUCCCGCUUACCGUUGCAUUGUAUCGACAACACACCGUGAAUGAGAAGUUGUUAAAAUUGGGAGAAAGUAAUCUACAGUUACGUCAGAGUAACUACACAAAAGGGCUUGUUGGGUUGAUGGGGGGGGAGGGGUGGGGAGAAAUGGAGCUAUUUUCCAACAUCACCAACAUUCCUGAGUUUUUGUUAAUUGUUUUGAUCUAAAUGUUUUUUGGGGAGGGUUGUGUUUUGGGAAAGAGGGUGGGGCGAAUGAAUUCCCCCUCGAUAGGCCGAGGAAUAGCUACAUGUCGAAUUUGUCUUCUCGCCCAAAGACCCAGACUUUCUUUCUACAAGGGGGAACUCUGUUCUUGCAAAGGUGCCAUGACUUUAACUCUCGAAGCCCCUCGCCGGAAGUGUUUUCCUGGAUGGCGUGAGCCCCUUGCCUCUGCUGCAGGCUUUCACCGUGGCCCUUGGACCUGGAACUUGGAUUGGGAGCACCUGGCCCAUCUCUCUCUCUCUCUCGCAUCGCCUUUCCAGGAAACAGGCCUCCAUCCCGGACCGCUGUGCCUGCCAAGUGGACCCUUCGUCCCCACACAGCCUGCGAACCGUUGGGGGGAGGCAGCGUGGAGACGCGUGAAGGGGGGUUAUCCCUCUUCUUUUCUCGCGAAGCCGCACUACGUGGACCAGCCGUCGGGAUGGAUGUCCCACCCGGGGGUUUCUGCUCAGGAGCGUGCCAACUUUCUUCGACCAUUGAAGCGUUCCUCCCUUCCCCUUCUGUUGGGCUGAUGGGAACUGGUCGAGGUUCCAAGACGAUCCCGAAAGAAAGACGCCGGGGUUCUUGAAGCCGGGCCUCCCGCACGGCGGAGGCAGCCAAAGUUAAGACAGGAGAGAGCAGUCUGACCAUGUUCUGUUCACAGUGCACUUUAUAUGAAGAAAAAAAAAAAGGAAGGAAAAAAAGUAGAAUCCUACUGAAGACGCACUAACCUGCUCGCACACUUCGUCGGACUGUAGGCGGAAAGAGGAUUGCCAAAACACACCAUUCCAUCCCCUUCGGCCGGGGGAGGACGACUUUGCGACGGUGGGCCCACCCGACCGGCAGCUGCCUCCCCCCCCCUUCAACGGUCUCCCCUUGGGAUCGAAUUCUCCACCUGCUUUUUGCCUUUUAUCGUGUGUUUCCCUCCCUCCCAAACACAUUUUAUGGCUACUUUGGGGGAGGGGGGGAAGGGUGUGCUGGCCGUAGGAUCGGAAAGGAAGGCCGAGUUCACCAUCCGAGGUUUCAAGUCUGUAAUUCAGUACUCUGUGUGUGCGUGUGCGUAUGUUGUAUACUUUUUUUUUUAAUUUUAAAGAAGAAGAAAAAAGCAUUACAUGGUUUUGUGCCAAUGCCCGUUCUUUUCUUUAGUACCAGAGACUCUUUUACAAGUACCAGUGUGGUGAAAAAAAAAAAAUUUUGGUUAUACUAGUAUAUUAUAAUAAGAGAACCUGAUUUAAAAAAAAAA